CCGCCAGCGAUAGCGUGUGCGACCGAAACGACCAACAUUGUUGUUGUGGCAUAAAAGAAGCUGUGAUAUUGAAGACACACACGAACACACGGAAAAAAAGACUCGCGAGAAAGGCAGUAAACGUAGGGGCUUUUGGUGUGCUGCAGCGAAACAUUUUCUUUCGAUCCUCCUCCGUUCGCCAUUGCCAAUCGCACGCGCCAGUGUUUUGCGCGACACCAGUACCACCGUUGCUUCCUCCAAAAGUGCACCCAGCCCUCAUUAUAGUGUCUAGAAUGAGAUGUAGUUGGAGACAAUCGGCAGGAAACACAAACGCAAUAUAUUCGGCAGUGCAUCGUUCUGGUUUGGGUGGUUUCAUUGCCACCAUUGUUGCAGGGCACGAACAGCAGUGACGUCUGGUGUGGAAGUUUUCUUGAGCAAACAACACAACGCAACGUAAUCUCUAGCACAAAAAACGGACGCUAUCUGCAGAGUAUAAUGGCCGAAAUCCGUGCAAUGGAACAUCCAUCGCUGAAGGUACCGUACGAAAUUCUGAACAAGCGCUUCCGAAUCGCUCAAAAAACGUUGGACCGCGAACUAAGCCAGAUACAGAAUGUGGCCUCCGAGCUGGAAAAGGGCCUGACGGAAGGUUCCGACAGUACGGAGAUAUCCCGUCUGCUGGGCGGCGUUGUCGAACGCCUCCAGGUUCUGAAGCGUAAAGCGGAAGAAAGCAUUUCGGAAGAACUUUCUGCCGGAUACGUUUGCAAGCGACGGUUGGAGCAUCUGAAGCAGAACGUGAAUCCUCCGGUCGAUGCAACGACGCUCGAGCUGCAGGCGGCCGCCACGAACCAGUGGAAAAAGAUCCGCCUCGACCGGAUGAUAGUAGAGCACUUUCUGCGCCUCGGGUACUACGACACCGCGGAACGGUUGGCCGAGCGGAGCGGCAUCCGUGACCUGACCAAUCUGGACAUCUUCCAGGUGACGCGUGAGGUCGAACGCGAUCUGGUGAACCGCUGCACGCUGAAGUGCAUUGCCUGGUGCAACGACAACAAGUCGAAGCUGAAGAAGAUCAACUCCACGAUCGAGUUUCAGCUGCGCGUGCAGGAGUUUGUAGAGCUGAUCCGCGAGGACAAGCGCCUGUUGGCCGUGCGCCAUGCCCAAAAGUAUUUCCCCGCGUUCGAGCACGAACAGCUGAAGGAGAUUCGCCAGUGUAUGGCGCUGCUCGCAUUCCCGGUGAGCACCGAAAUCGAACCGUACAAAACGCUGUUCGAUCCGCAGCGCUGGCACGAUCUGGUGCUGCACUUUCGGCUGGAGAACUAUCGGCUGUUCCAGCUGCCGGCCCAGUCCGUGCUGAGUGUUGCGGUGCAGGCCGGUAUUUCCGCGCUCAAGACACCGCAGUGUUAUUCGUACACAUCGAAAAACAUGAACUGCCCCGUGUGCCAGGAGAGUGUGAACGAGAUAGCGGAGAACUUGCCCUUCUCGCACUGUGCCCAGAGCCGUCUAAUAUGCAGAAUCACUGGUAAACCGUUGAACGAACACAACCUCCCGAUGAUGUUGCCGAACGGACAAAUCUUUGGCCAGCAGGCGAUCGAACAGAUGCGUCGCGAGAACGACGUGCUGGUUUGUCCCAAAACAAACGAAACGUUCCGCUCGCCAAAGAUCGAGAAAGUGUUUGUGAUGUAGUAGCAUCGUCGGUACACCCUACGGCCCACGGACCCGAGCUGCGCUGGAUGCGUACCAGAAGGUGGCCAUCCCGGAGGCUGGAGGACACUGCUGUACUGCGUAAGCGAAUUUAUUCACCGUCGCCUACUGUUUGGACGUUUUUUUCUUCUUGUUUUAACGCGAUUGAUUUAGCUGGAUGUGAAAUAUCUAAAGAAUUUCUUUUAACUUGAACUCUUCUCUGAUUUUAAUGUAAUUAUUAUUAUGGUAUGAAACUGCAUCGCAUCGAAUUAAAUCCUUGGAAGUGAAGCAGUAGAAAGGCAACAAACACACCAAACCGUCGCUCUGCAUGCUGAACGUAUUCCUUUCCGUGUGAUCCCCUGUAGAUGUAGAUGCACACGAAACGCCAACGCAAACCAAAAAGCUUGAUAAUUUAUCCAAAAUGUUCGAUCGAUUCAGAUUCCUUUUUCUCUGUUUGUUUUGCUUCCUUGCAAAACACUCACAAACCCACGUUACAGACUUACCGUUUUCUUAAUUAAUUUUGUCUGUUUUUUGUUAUAUGCUUGAAACAUUAAUUUUGAAACAAAAAAACGAAACCGAAUCCAAGCCGAACUCUGCUCCACAGCAGGAUGUUUCGUCGCAUCGCAAUUUGUAACUUACAAACAGUUUCGUUUAUGCUAUCGUUAGUAUUAAGUUCAAUGAAAACUAAAGCGUGUGAUCUACUCUCAGCUACAAGUAAGACGCGUUCACUGAUGGGCACUUGCCCGAGGGUGAACUUUUGAUCAAAAUAUCUCCAAUAUCUGAUAAUCUAUAAGACUUCGUUGCAAUAGAGCCUAUGCCUGUGAAUCAACCGCUCGGGUAUAUGCAGUGAGGUGAUCGAUCGAUCCUUACGCUUUUUUUACCUGUACCUUACAGUGUUAUUAAGGAGAAGUAGCGAGGAAUAGAACAGGAAUGACCUCGAGGGAAAAGAAAAAGUGACGCGGCAGAUUGUGAUGAUAAGUUAAAAUGAAACGGAAUCACGAGUCGACAUCGAUAACAACCAGAAGAAAUUUUGCUGUGGCAUAACCGACAAAACGAUUUGUCUGCUAAAAAGCACACACGCAAUCGUACGACAGAUCAAGUCAAACGCAAUACAAUUUAAUUUUGCAUGUUACUGAUAAGAGAAACAAAAACGCAGAUUUGAAAGAUGGCGCAAUGUGGAUGAGAAGCGGCGAGAUUAAGAGUGACACUAAAUGGUUUGCUAUAUGAUUUUCAAUAAAAAAAAAGAUAUACAAAAGCAAUUUCAUAGCUUUUACGCAAGCA